UGUGUUAAACAAAACGACAACAAAACCUUUUACCCAAAAUGGAGGAAUUGGUCACAGAGUUUAAGGGAAUUUUGGCUGAGCCCUUGCAAAAUGGACAUUAUUUCGACAUCGUAGUUGAACCGACGAAACAUUUUAAAAAGUUUUGUAUACACUUUAGCAAAGAUAAAACAGCUAAUGCGGAUUCGAAUACCCUUUGCUUUAGUACAGUGGCUUCUGUUCCAAGGAAAUUUAUACCUUCCCAUCCGUAUUCUUAUUAUAAUUCGGAUAGUGAACCUCGUGAUGCCUAUAGAAUUAUAAUUUCAGUCCAUGAUACAGAUUUCCACGUUAGUCUUAGCGAAAAGCUAAAAGUACAUAUUGGCCAUACAAAUCUCAUUCAACAUGUUAGAAUCAUUCAAAUCGAAGGUGAUAUCAAGCUUAUCAAUAGAGUGGAUCAUAGAAAAAUCUAUCCCAUGGUAUGGCCACCGUCUGCCUCUAUUCCCCACUCCCCCAAUGAAAUGUUUAGCAGCAAUGAUAUACCCAUACCAUUCAAACCGGGCCAUUUAAUGGUUCUUGGCGGCCGUUGUUUUGGCAAUCCCCAGGGGAAUUUCUAUAUAAAUUUAAAACAUGCCCACAAUGGAGCCAUUAUGAUGCAUUUCUGUGUUGAUUUUCGGAGCAAACUUGUAUAUCGCAGUGAUUGGAAUCCCUCCGAUAAUGGCCAAAACACAUUGACACAUGCCGCAAAAGAUAGUGCUGGGGGUUUCCCCUUUGAUUUUAUCAGGCCUUUCAAAAUGGCCAUUGCAUGCAAACACUCGGAAUUUGCUAUUGCUGUAGAUGGCCAUUAUUUCUGCUCCUACGCCUAUAGGGAUCCGCGAGAUUUGCCACGGCCCUACACUAAUGCCUUGUCGAACAUUGUGGGCCCAAAGAUAUUUGGUCGUGACGAGUUGGGCAUAAAAAUCACCGGAAUUGAUCAUAUUAUUUUAAGGGAUGCGGAAUGCAUGGGCUUCGAAACUUAUACCAAAGAAGAGUGCCCUUUAACAAACACUUUAAGAAAGACAAUAAAUUGAAGCUAAUUUUAUUAU